AUGUUCGCGGCCGCGUGGCUGCUGUUGGCCGCGGCCGUCGGCGCGGCGAUGGCCAGCGAGUACCCCGAACGCGAGUGCUGCGAUCCUGUCGACCCGCCUCCGGCGACCAUGUCCGCGACGACUUCCGACUACGCGGCUGCCGCGGGCCACGAGGUCGCGCCGCCCACGGCCACCGCCAUCGACGGACACCGCGAAGAAAAAACGCCAACGGGAAGUCUGAAUUGUUUGUUGGCGAGAUCUCUAUGCAAUGAAGAUCCAUCAUGUUUUAAAAUUAUAAACCUCAUACCAAGUCUGUGUGGAAACGAAAUAGUCUCGUGUUCGACGACUACGGUGAUAAAGUGUCGGGCGGCAUUGAAAACCCUUCAAGCGUUCCCGUUUUUCAAGCCGACGUGCCUGUGCCGAGAGCCCAAAAUCGAUUACGAAUGCAACUCCUUCCGUAAUUUUUUGUUCGACCAUCCGUGUAACUUCACACAGCGCAAAGAAUACGACCAGUUCCACAUCGAAACGCUAGCUUCGUGCAACCACGCCUUGACUGUUUGUGAAUCGUCAUCUGAUUGCCGACGAAUAUUUGAAGACUUCAAGAACAACUGUAAAGUGACCAAAGACAAUACAUGCGAAACGAACAAACCAGAAGAAUGUCAUAGAGAUUGGCUGCGUCUAAGGAAGACGCCGUUGUUCGGAUGCAUAUGCCCACAAAAUCAAGUCAAAAAACGCUGCGAUCGAAUUUUUUCGAUGAUCAACGAAAACCCUUGUAUCAGUUCGAAAUCGACACCAAUUGACAACUCAAUAUUGAAUUUCCAAAGUACAUGUCACGAGGCGUUGGAAACCUGUAACAAACACCCACAGUGUCAGGAAAUGGUGGCGUCCAUAAUCCGAAACUGUAAUCAUAGACAGUGUAAAAAAGAAAACUGUAUGGAGUCACUGCAAAACUUUUACCGCAACGAAUCAAUGCAUUCAUACGCAAUAGAAAUCGCGUUUUGUCUGUGCAAGAAAUCUGGAGUCAAUAAAGACAAAUGUUUAAUAGCUCAAGAAAUGCUACAUCCAGAAUGCGCUCAGCGUGCGGACGGCCCAGCGAAGGUUCCAUGCCAUUUCUUAGCAGAGAGUUGCCGUGCGAAAUCAAAUUGCCGAUCUCGGCUCGAAGCCUUCGAACAAACGUGUUCAGUGGACCAAACAACAAGCAGGUGUGCUGGACCACCGUCGACGUGUCGCGAGUCCAUUCUCGGUAUUCUAGGAACGAUGUUGAGGACGAAUUGCGCGUGUAAGGACACGUCUCCUUCUAAGUUCUACGAUUGCAUGGGAUGGCAACGGGUGUUUUGGUUCAACUCGUGUGUGGUUGAAGCGCAGAGAGAUUUCCAUAUGACCAAGAUAAAGGAUUCAGUGAGACUGUUAUCGCGUCACUUUUACACAACCACCACAGUGCCGGUCGAUCAUUACGACCAGACUACUGCGAUUGCGGUCAGACCUCUGUCGUCAGCAGUACCGUCGACCGAAGCAAUGGAAGUGCAAACUACGACCACGGUCAGAGUACUGAUAGCUGGUAAAAAAUUUCGGUCUGAUACCACGACCACUGCGGUCACCACGCCCAAAGCUACUACGACUUCGGUGGCAACCACCGCCGUGACAACAUCCAUCAGCACGGUUUCGACGACUGCAUCUACUACCCUUUCUCUCGCCUCUCAAAUUCCUUUGCGAGGUUGCAGUUUGCAGAGAUCGCCACACUACAACAAACAAUUCAUGUCUGAAGGUGACGUAAUUAGGCUACACAGUUUGGAGGACAACUCGUGCUCCGAGGUGUGCUACUGCAAGACCGGCGAAAGCUUGACUUGUCAGACCAUCUGUGUGGAAGUCGAACCUUGUGAAACGGAAAUAGCGUACUACCAUCAUGAGUCGCCAGCGUAUAUCGCAUUUCGCGGUCGUUGCGUGUGCUACGUUGGGCGAUUUAUUUGUAUGCGACCGAAAAUGGGUUCGUAUACGCUUGUACCAGGCGUGUUUCUGUUCUUGGGAUACAGUGAAAAAGACGAACAGCUGUUGAAAAGUUUGGAUAUUAUGAACUUUGAGAUAAAAGAUAUCGUUUACACUAUACAAAAGUUCAUACAAGAGCACAUGGUGUUUAACACUACAUGCAAAUUGCAACUACACAGCAUGUCAUUUGAGAAUAUGAUCAUAAUGGGAAAAGCGUCUCAGAAGCUUACCACUGGAGGUUAUCUCAAAAACGAUGCUACGGAUAUCCGGUCUUCCGUUCUCCAAGAUAAUAUGGCGUGUUUCGAGAUUUUGAAGAACUUCUCGUAUAUGGUCACCACUCAAGCCAUGCAAGUGAAAACAAACAUGCUGCUGUCCGUGUUGAAAAUCGCCGAGGUCGACAUACUACUUCCGGUGUCCAAUUCGCGGAGCGCGAACUUGUCGCCGGACACGUGCACGGCAACGCUGUUACUGGUAAUUAUCGCCGCGGCGGUUAUAAUCUAG